AUGAGAGGCCUGCGUAAGGUAAGCUUCGUCUUCGCUACGGCCCUCAAGCGACGGGAUGGAUCCCACGCAGGCUCCGAUAUACCCCAGGACGUCUUUAUUCGAUUCCAUCACAAAGCCGGCGUCGGUGCUGGAGAUACCCAGCCCGCCGUGGAUCCCCAUCCACGAUCGGGUAAGCCCCUGCAGCAUCAGACAAAGACGGAGGGUAUUCGCCCACAUCACCUCACUCAUCUGGAUGUAAUCCUUGGAAGCCUCGCCGUAGCGCCUCGCAGCAGCGGCGCGCGCGCAGUCGAGCUCCUCCUGCGCUUUCAACACCUUCGUAAUGGUCGUCUCGAGGUGGCGGGAAACCUGUUCUAA